GUGUACCUCGCUGUGGUGCUUCACUUCAUGACCUCAACAAAGCCUUAAGGAUUGAUCUAAACGCAAAUGUAAGCUGCACCUGGCAAAUUCAGAGGAACGUAAAUCAAACAAUUAGGCUCAUUUUCUCCUAUUUUAAAUUUGCUCCUUCUUCAAGCUGUGAAACAGAAAGUAUUAAAAUAUAUGAUGGUCCCUCAACUAAUUCACCUCUUCUUGGACAAGUAUGUAACGACACUGAUGCAGUCCCAGUACUUCAGUCAUCUUCAGACAGUUUAACUUUUCACAUAACAACAAACUCUGCGGUUUUCACAAGAAACUUCUUUGUCUUCUAUUAUUUCUUUUCGCCAGAAACAAAAAUUGAAAAUUGUGGAGGACACUUAACCGGUCCCAAUGGGACAUUUACGAGCCCCAACUACCCAGCACCUUACCCUGAAUUUACAUACUGCAUCUGGUACAUACAAACAGCAAAAAACUCAAAGAUAAACUUACAGUUCCAGGACUUUUUCCUGGAACUAGACCAAAACUGUCAAUUUGACUUCACAGCAGUCUAUGAUGGCCUCACCACUAACACUGGCUUAAUAGGAAAAGUAUGUGGUCGUGCCCAGCCCACAUUUGAAUCUUCUUCAAAUACGAUGACAGUUGUGUUGUCUACAGACUAUGCCAACUCCUACAGAGGAUUUUCUGCUCAGUACACCAGUGCUCCGCUGCCAGGUCCUGUAGAGCCCGACACAUUCCUCACAUGCUCUUCAGAUAGCAUGAAAAUUGUUCUCAGCAAGUCCUACCUGGCCUCCCUUGGUUACUCUGAAACUCACCUACAGCUGAAUGAUCCAUCUUGCAGACCAGUUGUAAAAGAUUCAGUGAUCUUCUCCUUCCCGUUAGCCAGCUGUGGAACAACUAAAAAGGAGGAAGGUGAAAGCAUCACCUACACCAACAUCAUCUCUCUCUCUGCAACUGGCAACAUCAUCACCCGUCAGAAAAGCGUCCAGAUUAUCGCGAAAUGCAAAAUGGAAAACAACUCAACUGUGGAAGUCAUUUACAUAACGAAAAAUAACAUAAUCCAAAACACAACGGCUGUGGGGAGAUACAACGUCAGCAUGGCAUUCUAUGACUCAAGGUCAUUCUCCAAGCCUGUACGUCAGUCCCCGUAUUACGUAAGCUUGAACCAAACUCUUUUUGCUCAAGUCAGUCUUCAUUCCACUGACCCAAACCUUGUGGUGUUUGUUGAUACCUGUAUCGCGUCUCCACAACCUGAUUUUGGAUCACCAACGUACGACUUAAUCAGAAGCGGCUGCAAUAAAGAUGACACUGUGGUAACCUACCCACCACUCGAACACUAUGGAAGAUUCCAAUUUAACGCCUUCAGGUUCUUGCGGAGCUUUCCCUCGGUUUAUCUCCAGUGUGAUGUUUUAAUUUGUGACAGCAACAACACAAACUCUCGCUGUACCAAAGGGUGCAGCUCCAGGCAAAAAAGAGCUCUUUCUUCAUACACAUGGAAAACCAACACCGUCGUAGGUCCCAUCCGCCUGAAAAGAGAUCUCAGGUCUGCUGAUCACUCAGAUGGAGUAAUGAAGAUCUUCAACAGGAGUGCCACUAAAAUAAAACAAAAGCACAAAGAAACUACAUUCUGUUCCACUGGUAACACGUUACACAUCAAAAAUCAAGACAACAAAGAAGUGAACCGAUGA